AUCGGUUAUAAAGAACGUUCUUGUUUUCACAGAGCAAAUUCCGCGUAUGCGAGGCGAUGCUUUUCCACGUCGAUGUGGGAUAUCCCCACCAGGUACUCGACAAACACCGAGUCUCCGACCAGCUGAUCAUCAGUCGUUUGUUUCGAAUCGCGCGGGAUCGCACGCGCGAGCUCGCCGAUCUCUAUUUUUUUAUUUCUUUAUUUUUUUAUCUCACGCGAUGUCCUCCGACCGGUGCGUACUCGCGUUUCUCUUCGGUUUGUUGGUGUUUCUUCCGCCGCGCGAAACCCACUGUGCCACAAACGUAACGGAGCAGGUCCAGGCGGACAACGCGCUGGCGAAAUUGGUGAAGAUGUUCUCCAAACCGGGCGCGUUUAAGCGAAUUGACGCGAUACUGGGUGAAAAUACUAUCGAGGCAUCGUUCACGAGCUGCCCGAUGGGUGAGGAGGGUCUGGAGUGUCGAAGGGCGGAGGCACGGCGAUCGGUUGACUGUCCUCGAGGAGACUGUUUCUGUUACGAUUGCGCCGCUGCCGGACCUGACUUGUGGGCCUCUUGUUGCCGUGAAAGCUUAAGAUGCUGCUCUCAUCUCGCGGCGGCUUGCAGGACGUGCGAUCAACCAACAUUGUACCCCUUCUGUGCAAAGCAUUUCAAGAAGUGCCUGACGCAGUAUAAUGAGAAGAAACAAAAUUAGACAGCAAGAUCUCUCCUCGGCGUUAUUUCAACUGUGAUAAUUGGCUUACCAUGACGAUCACCUCGAUGAUCUUGUGACAGAUGUUCGAUACGCUCUCUUCGCGAUCAAAUUGUCAAAGUUUGCAUCGUAGUCGACCUGACCGAAUGUUAUCAACGGUCAGAGAUGUAAGACAUUUAAUUUAACCGUAUUACAAGUUACACAAUCGUUUUCUGCCUCUAAAUAUAGCGUUUACCCUCGAAGUCGUUAAACUGGUCCAACCUGAUUGCUCCUGGAUCCAACUUUGUUCGAAUGAAAAUUUUAAAUUCUGCAAUCGAUUGUACCUGAAUCUUGAUAUCGUUAAAUGACCAAUCUACAAACAAGACAUUUAUUAUUUAUAAAAUGACAGUACGUAUUAUUACUUAAAGAAGAAAUAAAAAUUGUUUCGAUUCUUCUAAUUUAUACGCACGAGUUAAAGAGAGUAGUAUACUGUUUAAAUUUAUAAAAUAUAGUUAAUGCAUAUUAUGGAAAGCUUCUGCGAUUUUAUACUUACCCAAUAACUUGUAUUUAAAUAAUAGUUUUGAUCUAAAUCUUGACUGUUAAUUAUGUAUUCUACAAACCCUUAGAAUAUUUUUUAAAAAGAAAUAUAACUUCUACAAAAUUAAAUAAAUUUGGGUUUAUAGAUUUACAGAUCGAAAUCUCGGUGUAUAAAUCGAUAAAUUUAUAAGUUCAUAAAUUUGUGAAUACAUAGGUUUAUAUACCACCA